UUAUAUAUUCGUAAAAAAUAUAAAUUACAAAAGUUGAGUUACUUUUUUAACGAAGAUUUUUUGUUUAUUUCAUUUUAAUAGAAUAAAAAAUAACCGAUAUAGAGACGUUUAAAGCCUAACUUGUACUGCGAGAACCAUGUAACCGGGAUCCUUUAAACCCUUAACUUUUAAAAACCAAGGACUUUGUUUUAAUAUGAUCUUAUAGAUUUUGAAAUUACCGUUUAAAUGGUUUUUGAAUGAACGAAUAAAUGGUCUUGAAAAUUAACGGAGUUAUUAUAUAAAAAACUAAUUAUAUUUUAUUAUGGGGGUAACUUUUAACGGUUUAAAUUUCACUGUAAAUCAAAAAUCAUAUCAUAAGUAUCAAACAAACUGCUUAUAUGCGAUUUUAAAACUCAGAAAUACAAAAAAUAUUUUUUCAUGAUUUUCGAUUUAAAGGCUGGUUGCUAAAAACGUUUAAAAAUUAACUAAAAUCAAAUUUAAAAUACAUGUAUUUUAUGUAAUUAAACACAAUUUCUUAUGUCAGAUAGGUUUAAUCUGCAUUUUUCCCAUUUUUAACUAGGGGUGGAUUUCACCCCUAAAAUGCAAAAAGCGCAAGACGAGCAUAUGCCACUUCUUAAGUAGAGGGUAAAGCAUACUUGAUUCCAAAUCUUCAUCCAAAUCUAUGGAGAUUCAACGAUAUCGGAGGUUAUAGUUGAUUUUGGCCUACAAUGUGUACUGUACUAAAUCGGCUAAAGACAGACUACUCAAAAUCACUUGAAACUUUGUUACAUUAAAGCUUUUAUAAAUACAAAUACACUAGUUUUUGUUUUAUUUAAAAGUUAUGAUUUUACAUGCAUUCAAAGUUCGCAUAAAUAUCGACUCCCGCUUACAAUCGCAAUAUUGUACGUGACGUCAUCGUACAACACUUGCCCGGCCCGUUCGUAAAUUUCAUAUUUACGAACUACUGGCCCUUAUAUUAAUUUACUCUUUGAUUAAUGGUUAACCAUUAAUUCGUCAGUAGCUAAGGCAGAAGUACGAAAUUGCCUGAACGGGCUGUGCAAGUGUUGUAUGAUGACGUCACGCACGUUAAACGCGGGUUAUCGCCGCGGGCACACUUUAAAAUUCCAUAUCUUGAGAACUAAUUAACGUAUCGAAAUACGAGAAUUUCACGAGAUUUUUUUAUUUUCAACGGAGAAUACAGAACGCCAACAUUUGAAACUAGUGAACGUUCUCCAUUUUUCAAAAAUCGUUCGUACUCGACUAAUAUAAUAAAGUAGUGCGAACUAGGCCUCACGGUGUCGCCUUGUGUUGGUCAAUACACAUUGUGAUAAUCCGUCGUAAGGCUCAAAAGAGCCAGAACCCAGAGCCAGUUUUAGUUGUGGCUAUCACAGACCACAACUUUAUGGGUGGCUAUGGUCUUCAUUUGACGUUUGUCAUUAGUAUAAAAAAAAAUGACGUUUCUGUUGUGGCUAUUUUAUGUCUGUGUUUCUGUAUAUUUCAUUUAAUUUCUUAAUUCAGUCACGUUGUUUUGAUUGUGAAUGAAUUGGAAUUCUAUAAUAUUUAGGAAAUACCAAAAUUGAUAAUUUUUCUAUUUUUACUCAGCGAUGUGAAUGUGUAUUGUUAUUACUAUGCUGAAGUGAUCUGUGAUAUGUACUAUAAAAUUAUCAUAUAAUUUAUUUGAGGGUAAUGGGAAUAGUGUGUAUUGUACAACAAACAGUCUACUAAAACUAAUUUAUCUAAUACGAAGACAUCCCGAAUUAUAGUAUAAAUAAUAUAUAUUUAUAAUCUUAAGAUUUCAGAUAAUACUAUAUAAUCAUGAACUUGUCAUAUACUAUAAGAAGAUAUUUUUUAAUUAGUGUUAAAUCUAAUAUACGAUUUGUCACCAAUUCAGUUAAUUUACUUGAUGUUAGAGGAAAGAUACCAGAAAAUCCUGUAAAUACCUUAAAAGAUGUGUCUGAUAUCACUCCCUAUUUUCCUGAAUCAUUCAAUUUAUCCGCUUAUAUUAACACCUCACAGUCGCUGCAAAAUUUGGUUCAUUUAAAUGUUAAUCUCAGUAAAAUUGAAAAGAAACCUCAUAUUGUAAAUAAAAUACUGAAGUUAGACUUAGUUAAUGAUAUACAGAAACAUAUCCUGUUUUUAAAAGAUUAUAUUCAUGUGGAUAAUAUUGGGCCCUUUAUUACAAAAAACCCUCUCAUUUUGUGUGAAGCUAUAGAAGACCUUGAAGUGAGAGUGAAUUACUUACAAUCAAAACAUUUCAAUCAAGAUGACAUAAAACGAAUUUUAUCAAGGAAUCCUUUCUGGUUGAUGUUCAGCACCUUAAGAAUUGAUAAACGAUUGGGCUUUUUUCAACAAAAGUUUAGUUUAUCUGGUAAUGAAAUACGGCAGCUGGCAACUAAACAGCCUAAAAUUAUUACAUAUAAUUUACAUCAUGUAAACACAAAUUCCUUUGUAAUUAAGGAGGAAAUGGGAUUUGAUGAUAAUGAAAUCAAGUUUUUGAUUUUGGAUAAACCAAAAUUAUGGAUGUUGAGGGAAAUCUCUGGUUACUGAAACAAUUUUGAAAAUUCUUUUACCACUGGAAAGCCAUGUUAUUUAUCAGAAAUCCUUGCUACAGAGAUUUAAUUAUCUCCACAAUGUCAUGAAAAUACAGCAUUCUACUAUAUUGCGUCAUUCCAAUGUGCUUCUAUAUCGAAAUUUUCUAAUAAAACAAAGACAUAUGUUCUUAGA